AUCUCCUUGCUCCAGAGUCCAGACAAUAGAGGCAGUGCACCUGAACAACUAUCUAGCUAGCUAUAGCUAUAUCGGCAAGUCGGCAAAUUAAGCUCGUCCAUUAAUGGGGCUCAAGCUCACGCUCCCGCCGGCAGCACUGCUCUCCCAGGCGGCCAAGCUGGGCUCCCUCCUCGUCCUCCUCCUCCUCGCGCUGCUGCUGCCCGUCUUCCUCAGGGUCGCCUACGGCUACCUCCUCUUCAACGGCAUCGUCCUCGCGCUCGGCAUCCAGGCCUUCGUCGGCGGCGGCGACGGCACCGCUUCCAUCGUAGUCGACGACGAAGACCGGCACGGGUCUUCGAGUACCGGUCAGGUCGUCGAGGCCUCAUCGUUCCAGACGGCUGGAGCUGGAUUAUCAGUCCGUCCCGACGACCGGGCGGCGGCGGCUGCGCAUGAUGAUCAUGGCGUCGUGCCUGCCUUUGUGGUUGUGGCGAGUAAUAUAAUCGAGCUGAAGAUCAAGACCAAGGAGGUGGUGCUGAAGGUGCUGAAGAAGUGCCCGUCGACGGCGAGCAUCUUCUUCCUCAGCGCGCUGAACGGCAGCCAACAAGCCGGCGGAGAGGAAAAGGUACGGCAAGAGGAGGAGGAGGAGGAGGAUUGUGACGUCGGCAUGGACGGCGACGUGACGAUGAGUCGGGAGGAGCUGUUUGCCAACACGGAGAGGUUCAUCGGCAACUUCCGCAAGGAGCUCAGCAUGCAGAUACAGUAGCCCCCGGAAGCUAGCGUAGAUAUUUUUUGCUUAGCUUUUCUUAUUUUUCUCUGGUUCAUGGUCAGGAGUAUGUUUAGCGGGACACUUAGUCCGUGAUCACUUGUGUAACCCCUGUUCAUAGGCUUAGGAUUUUCGGUGUGCUUAGGUUUUCGAAUGACAUAAUCAUACUAGUCUCUCAAUUAUGUCCGGCAAUCUCUGAACAAAGUGAAUGCAGCUGGUGGCAAAGCCCAACAACAUAUUUUUCAAUAGACUUUGCUUCUUCA